AUGGAAGUACAGGAUGAUGAUGAUGAAGUACAAAAUAAUGAUGAUGACGAUAGUGAAAUACAAGAUUAUAUUGGUGAUGACGAAGUACAAGAUGAUAAUGAUGAUGAUAACGAAGUACAAGAUGAUAAUGAUGAUGAUAAUGAAAUACAAGAUGUAAUUAAGGAUGAAUUACGAGAUGAUGAUGGCGAUGAUGAAGUACAAGGUGAUAACGAAUGUGAUGAAAUCCAAAAUGAAAAUGAUGAUGAUAAUAAAAUACAAAAUGAUGACAAUUAUGAUGAAGUGCAAAGUGGAAAUGAAUGUAAUGAAGUACAAGAUGAAUAUGAGGAUGAAGUACAAGAUGAUGACGAUAAUGAUGAAGUACAAAAUGAGGCUGAUGAUGAAGUACAAGGUAAUGCUGAUGAUAAAUUACAAAAUGAUGAUGAUGAUUAUGAUGAGGUACAAGAUGAUAAUGGUGAUGAUGAUGAAGUAUAA